AUGUUGAAGAAUUCGGGCUCCAAGAAUUCGAAUUCGAAGGAAAGUCAUUCUAACUCCAGUUCAAGUUCCGGUCUUUUCCAAAACUUGAAGCGCCUGGCUAAUUCAAGUGCAUCGAAUAGUAAUGUCACCGCUCCGAACAAUGCAUCAGAACAGCAGUAUCCUCCCGUGGGACAGGAAACGACCACUACAUCUGCAUCGUCCUCGUCCUUUAGAAGGCUAAAUGGACCAUCCAGGUCUACAUCCACUGAAGCAAGGCCACUGAACAAGAAAGCGACACUCAACACCCAAAAUUUGUCUCAGUACAUGAAUGGUAAAAUAAGUACCGAUGCGCCAAUAUCGUCCCAGCAUGCAAGGUCGCAUUCAAUUCAGUCCAAAUAUUCGUACUCUAAGAGGACCUCCUCUCAGGCGUCUAAUAAGCUAACGAGACAACACACCGGGCAGAGUCAUUCUGCGGCAAGUCUUUUGUCCCUUGGCUCUUUAACAAACUUGAGCAAAUUCACUACUCCUGAUGGCAAAAUACAUUUAGAGAUGCCCUCGGAUCCAUACGAAGUGGAAAUUCUGUUUGAAGACAUUAUGUACAAAAGAAACAUUUUCCAAUCUUUAUCAGGUGACAAACAAGAAGAGCUGAUGGGCUACAGUACGGAAAAGAAAUGGCUGAUUGUGAAACAAGAUUUACAAAACGAAUUGAAAAAGAUUAGAGCAAACACGACUUCCUCUUCCGCUGCUUCGCGUACUUCGAUGGCAUCAGACCAACAUCCCAUACUUACAGCUAAUUCAACACUUUCGUCGCCAAAAUCUGCUUUGAUGACAAGUGCUUCUUCUCCGACCUCUACUGUAUAUAGUAACACUCUAAACCAUUCCACCACCCUUUCAACCGUGGGCACGUCAACUCCAAAGGGCCAUAAUAAUAAGAAAACAAUGGCCGGGGGUUUGAAAAAGCAACCAUCUAUAAACAGUAUUUAUCGAGGUGGGCCUGAAAUUAAUACAAGCGCGUCUACUCUUCCUGGGGACAGAACAAACAGACCACCAAUACAUUAUGUGCAACGCAUCCUGGCCGAUAAGCUUACGACCGACGAAAUGAAAGAUUUAUGGGUCACCUUGAGGACAGAACAAUUAGACUGGGUAGACGCCUUUAUAGAUCAUCAAGGUCACAUUGCCAUGGCUAACGUACUAAUGAACUCGAUAUACAAGACGGCGCCUCGGGAACAUUUGACAAAAGAAUUAUUAGAAAAGGAAAAUUCCUUUUUCAAAUGUUUUAGAGUCUUAUCGAUGCUUUCACAAGGUUUAUAUGAAUUCAGCACGCAUAGACUGAUGACCGAUACUGUCGCAGAAGGUUUGUUUUCCACGAAGUUGGUUACAAGAAAGAUGGCCACUGAAAUUUUUGUCUGUAUGUUGGAAAAAAAAAACAAAAACAGGUUCGAAGCGGUCUUAACAGCCCUUGAUAAGAAAUUCAGAAUAGGCCAGAAUCUUCAUAUGAUUCAAAAUUUCAAGAAAAUGCCCCAAUAUUUCUCUCAUCUAACCCUUGAAAGUCACUUGAAAAUUAUUCAAGCUUGGUUAUUUGCUGUGGAGCAAACUCUAGACGGAAGAGGCAAAAUGGGUUCCUUGGUAGGAGCAUCCGAUGAAUUUAAAAACGGUGGAGGUGAAAAUGCCAUUUUAGAAUAUUGUCAAUGGACCAUGGUUUUUAUCAAUCAUUUGUGUUCUUGUUCUGAUAACAUUAAUCAGAGAAUGCUUUUAAGAACAAAGCUGGAAAAUUGUGGUAUUUUACGAAUCAUGAAUAAAAUAAAAUUGCUAGACUAUGACAAAGUGAUUGAUCAAAUUGAAUUAUAUGAUAACAAUAAACUCGAUGACUUUAAUGUGAAAUUGGAGGCAAGUAACAAAACAUUUAACGUGGACUUGAAAGAUCCAUUAUCGUUGUUGAAAAAUCUUUGGGAAGUAUGUAAAGGCACGGAUAACGAGAAAUUGUUGGUGUCUUUAGUACAGCAUCUUUUCCUUUCCAGUUCGAAAUUAAUCGAAGAGAAUCAGAACCCCUCCAAACUAUCCAAACAGUUGAAAUUAAUGGACUCUUUAGUGACUAAUGUCAGUGUUGCCUCAACAGCCGACGAAGAAACGAAUAUGAACAUGGCCAUUCAGCGGCUUUAUGAUGCUAUGCAAACUGAUGAAGUAGCACGUCGUGCAAUACUAGAAAGUAGAACUCUGACAAAGAAAUUAGAAGAAAUUCAAGCAGAGAGGGAUUCCCUUAGUGAAAAGCUAAGUAAAGCAGAGCACGGGCUCGUUGGGCAAUUAGAGGAUGAACUACAUGGAAGAGAUCGUAUACUGGCUAAGAACCAAAGGGUUAUGCAACAGCUGGAAUCUGAACUGGAAGAAUUGAAAAAGAAACAUCUUUUGGAAAAGCAUCAGCAAGAAGUUGAAUUGAGAAAAAUGUUAACUAUAUUAAACUCCAGACCUGAGGAUGGUUUUGAUGUAAGUAAAGGAACUAAAGAUAUAAACUCAAGUUUAAACUCCUCCGAAAAGGCAAAUAUUCAGAAGGUAUUACAGGAUGGAUUAUCGAGGGCAAAGAAAGAUUAUAAAGAUGACUCGAAAAAAUUCGGUAUGACACUUCAACCCAACAAAAGGCUGAAAAUGUUAAGAAUGCAAAUGGAAAAUAUCGAAAAUGAAGCAAGACAGUUGGAAAUGACAAACUUUGCUGAGUUUGAAAAAGAACGCCUCGAACCUCCUAUAGAGAUCAAAAAGCCCAAAAGGAAGCAUAAAAAACAUACAAUCAAGAAAUCUUUAGUCAAGACCCAAGGAGCUGAUAUGAAGAAAUUAAAUGAUUUAAGGAGGGCCUUAGCUGAAAUUCAAAUGGAAAGUAAUGAUAUUUCUAAGUUUAAUGUCGAAGAACGUGUUAAUGAGCUAUUUAAUGAAAAAAAGUCUUUGGCUUUGAAGAGAUUAAAGGAACUGGAAACCAAAUAUAAGGGAUUUGGUAUCGACUUUAAUGUUGAGGAGUUUAUAGAAACACCUAAGAAAUUUACCAUAAAUGAAGAAAACGAUGCGGCCUAUCCAAGCCUUGACCCUAAGGCAUACCAAAGCAAAUUAGACGAGAUUAAUAGAAUAACAGAUGAAUUGUUGGAUUUGCAAACUCAGGUCAAACAGGAAACUGAAGAAGACGAAGACGAAGAAACAAAAUCUUUCUCCUCCAGCUCCGAAGCUGAUGAUGAUGAAAUAUAUCAAGAUGCAUCUCCAACUCAAGAAAGAAGAAGUGAAUAUUCAGAGUUAUCUGCAGGAUCAGGUCCCGGAUCUUUUCUUGAUGCGUUGUCUCAAAAAUACGGGACUGGUCAAAACGUCACCGCGUCUGCAGGUUUGAGAGACAGUCAUGGUUCGGGGCACAUGCCUAGCAAUGUCGAGAAAUCCUUCAUAAACAGGCUCAGGAAGUCUACCGUGUCUUCAGCUCCUUAUUUAGAAGAGUUGACACAAAAGGUAAAUAAAGUGGAACCAUUGAACCAAAACAAAGAUGAAGACCUAUUAACAGAAAAUAACACAGGGGAUGAAAUCUCUAUUUCGGAUAGGGUGCGGAAAGAUGUUCAGAAACACGUUAAAAACAAAGGUCGGAAGCAUUCUGACGAUACGGAAGAAGGCGCCACAACAGAUACAAGUUAUGUGAGUGAUUCUGAUAAAGAAGUUGAAGGUGAAAAUCCUUCUACCACAUCAUCGACGCUUCACCCUCCUCCUCCUCCCCCUCCACUCCCUUUGAAUCUGUUCGGUAAGAUUAAUCAAUCACCAGAUAAUGAAAAUGAAACAGAAAACAAUGCUGCUGCUGCUGCUGCUGGAGACGCUGCUGCUGCCGUUCCGCCGCCACCUCCACCUCCUCCCCCUCCUCCUCCUAUGGGAUUAUUUGGCCAAAAUAAUGGAGCAACUCCUCCACCACCACCUUUACCUUUUGUAUUAUCUUCAACUGGUGCAGGUGCAAUUCCACCAGCUCCACCGAUGAUGCCAGCUUCUCAAAUGAAAUCAGCCGUCACAUCUCCGUUGCUUCCUCAGUCACCAUCGUUAUUUGAAAAAUAUCCACGUCCCCACAAAAAAUUAAAGCAACUGCAUUGGGAAAAAAUAGACUCUACUGAUAAUUCCAUUUGGGGAUCAGGUAAGGCUGAGAAGUUUGCGGAUGAUUUGUAUGAAAAGGGUGUCCUUGCUGAUUUAGAAAAGGCCUUUGCUGCUAGGGAAAUCAAAUCUUUAGCCACUAAGCGAAAGGAAGAUUUACAGAAAGUAACUUUCUUAUCCAGAGACAUUUCUCAACAGUUUGGUAUCAACUUGCAUAUGUACUCUUCACUUUCAGUUGUCGAUUUGGUCAAAAAGAUUUUGAAGUGUGACAGAGACUUUUUACAAACACCUAGUGUUGUCGAAUUUUUAUCAAAACCUGAGAUCACAGAAGUAUCUGUCAAUUUAGCUAGAAACUAUGCCCCAUAUUCUACCGAUUGGGAAGGCGUUAGGGAUCUUGAAGAUGCCAAACCUCCAGAAAAAGAUCCGAAUGAUCUACAAAGGGCCGAUCAGAUUUACCUGCAAUUAAUGGUUAAUCUGGAAUCGUACUGGGGUUCUCGUAUGAGAGCUCUUACGGUAGUUACCUCAUAUGAAAAGGAGUAUAAUGAGCUGCUGGCGAAGUUGAGAAAAGUUGACAGAGCUGUUGGUGCGCUUCAGGAGUCAGAUAAUUUACGUAACGUUUUCAACGUUAUUCUAGCUGUCGGUAACUUUAUGAACGAUACCUCAAAGCAAGCACAAGGGUUUAAACUUUCGACUUUACAAAGGCUGACAUUUAUCAAGGAUACCAAUAAUAGUAUGACUUUCUUAAAUUACGUCGAAAAAAUUAUUAGAUUAAACUACCCAAAUUUCAAUGACUUCUUAAAGGAGUUAGAACCUGUACUAGAUGUCGUCAAGGUCUCUAUUGAACAAUUAGUUAAUGACUGUAAGGAUUUUAGUCAAUCAAUUGUAAAUGUAGAGCGCUCAGUUGAAAUUGGUAAUUUAAGUGACUCUUCGAAGUUCCAUCCAUUGGAUAAAGUUCUGAUAAAAACAUUGCCUGUACUACCAGAAGCAAGAAGGAAGGGAGAUUUAUUGGAAGACGAAGUUAAGUUAACUAUCAUGGAGUUUGAAAGUUUAAUGCAAACAUAUGGUGAGGAUUCUGGUGAUAAGUUCGCAAAGAUUUCAUUUUUUAAGAAAUUUGCAGAUUUUAUAAAUGAAUACAAGAGAGCCCAAUCACAGAAUUUGGCCGCAGAAGAAGAAGAAAGGCUUUAUGAAAAGCAUAAGAAAAUGGUAGAAGAACAGCAAAAAAGGGCACAAGAGAAAGAAAAGCACAGAGAGGUCAGAGCUUCACCCGAAGGAAAUGAGGAAGAAGAAACGGAAGACAGACGUGCUGUUAUGGAUAAACUAUUAGAACAGCUGAAAAAUGCAGGCCCCGCUAAAAGUGAUCCUUCGUCUGCUAGAAAAAGGGCUCUGGUUAGGAAGAAAUAUCUUUCUGACAAAGAUAAUUCGGCACAAGUACUCAACGACUUGGAUAAUGAAGAUGGAUCUAUUCUCUACUCUCCGGAAGCCUCAACCCCUGACACGGAUGCAGCGAUCCAUGCUGAAUCACCUACGCCGCUUGCCACGAGAGACUUUAUGAACACUCCAGAAGAUUUACCAUCCCCAUCAAAAGCAUCUGCAUUGGAAGAUCAAGAAGAGAUCUCUGACAGAGCGAGAAUGCUAUUGAAGGAAUUACGAGGUUCUGAUACCCCAGUAAAGCAGAAUUCCGUACUCGAUGAGCAUCUAGAAAAAUUGAGAGCUCGCAAGGAAAGAGCAAACGGCGAGACGAAUACAGGCAACAAGCUAAGUUUCAAGUAA